AUGGUUGCCGCUUACCUGUACCUUCUCCUCCUAAGUUUCUUCUUGCCCUUCGUUCGGUCCGCGCCGUUACUUACAGACAAUGGCAAGCCAGUGUCUUCCGAUGUAUUCGAGUCGUUAGAAGAGUUAGCCCGCAUUGUCGACAUCUCAUACUGCGUGGGCAGUACAGGCAUUCAGAAGCCCUUCAAGUGCCUGGGCAGAUGCUAUGAGUUCGAGGGAUUUGAUCUUGUUACGACAUGGAACACUGGGCCACUUCUGUCGGACUCAUGCGGUUACAUUGCGGUCUCACACGCGCCAUUCGAAAAACGAGUUCUGGUGGUCUUCAGAGGCACAUACUCUAUUGCUAAUACGAUAGCCGAUCUGUCGACGAGACACGCCGAGUAUCUUCCCUUCCUUCCAGGCAACAACAGCAGCGAAUCCUGUGUUCUGGGAAGGUCUGGUGGCAAGGUGGAGAAUAGUUUACUGCAAUCCAUGGCAAAGAACGAGAAGGGACCAUCUGCCGAGUCUACUUGCACCAACUGCACGAUUCAUAGCGGAUUUUGGACCUCAUGGCAAAACACAAGGUGUACAAUCAUUCCUCACGUUGAGAAAGCGCUGCAGGAUUAUCCAGAUUACAAGCUCGUCCUGGUUGGUCAUUCUCUUGGAGGAGCAGUCGCCGCCAUUGCGGCUCUAGAGCUCGAGGCUCGUGGUUACAGUCCAUAUGUAACUACUUUCGGCGAACCACGAAUUGGGAAUAGACAGCUCAAUCAGUACAUUGACCGCAAAUUCAACUUGAAUGGCACUACCAUGGAUAAUGCUACUUUCCGCCGGGUUACUCACGUCGACGAUCCAGUACCACUGCUGCCAUUAGAGGAGUGGGGAUACGAAAUGCACGCUGGUGAGAUAUACAUCUCAAAUCCUUCUCUACCUCCAGGUCGUAAAGACGUCCAUGUUUGCAUUGGCGAUGCAGACGCGACAUGCAUUGCUGGUGGGAGCAACACAGCAGAGGCAAAGUCAGUCAGCUCUGGUGAAGUAGCAGCAUUUGGAUGCAGCGUGCCCGACAGAUACAAAUUGUGGCAGCUCUUCUUUGCGCACAGAGAUUAUUUCUGGCGUCUAGGACUAUGUGUACCUGGCGGCGAUCCGUGGGACUGGCAUCGAGGACGUUCGGUGCAGGAUAGCAAUUCUCAUGAAGACGAACUUUGA